GGCUGCGCCACUGUCAUCUGCUGCGUGUGUGAUACUUAAACCAUGGGACCUGUCAGCUUAGAGAAAAUCAUUGCCCUGCAAAAGAGGGCUGCCUACAUUCGCAAUAUCUGUAUAUUGGCACAUGUGGACCAUGGUAAAACAACAUUGGCUGACUGCCUCAUAUCUAACAAUGGGAUAAUUUCCAACAGACUGGUAGGAAAGUUACGAUAUUUGGACAGCCGUGAAGAUGAACAAAUCCGAGGAAUCACAAUGAAAUCCAGUGCAAUUUCCCUGCAUUACAAAGAUGGGGAAGAAGAAUAUCUCAUCAACCUCAUUGACUCACCUGGACAUGUUGACUUCUCUUCAGAGGUCUCAACUGCUGUCCGUCUUUGUGAUGGAUGCAUCAUUGUGGUUGAUUCUGUAGAAGGAGUCUGUCCUCAGACACAAGCAGUAUUACGGCAAGCUUGGCUUGAGAAUAUCCGGCCAGUCCUGGUGAUCAACAAAAUAGAUAGGCUAAUAACUGAAUUGAAGCUUUCCUCUCUUGAAGCUCAUUCCCAUCUCCAAAAGUUACUGGAACAGGUCAAUGCAGUUACUGGAAGUCUAUUCACCUCUAAGGUCCUGGAAGAGAGAGCAGAGAAGGACACGGCCAGUGACGUUCCAUCCGAGACUGUGGAUGCAGAUCAGGUGUAUGACUGGAGUGCUGGCCUGGAAGAGACAGAUGAUUCCCACCUUUAUUUUUCACCUGACCAAGGCAAUGUUGUAUUUGCCAGUGCCAUAGAUGGCUGGGGAUUUACCAUUGAUCACUUUGCCCAGCUGUACAGUCAGAAAGUUGGCAUUAAGGCUUCUGUACUUCUGAAGACACUCUGGGGAGAUUACUAUCUGAAUACCAAAGCCAAGAAGAUCAUGAAAGGAGCACAGAGAAUUCUCAUUUACGUGGCCAUGAGUCUACAGUGUGUCCUGGGUUAUGGGGAAGAGAGCCCUACCAAGUGCAAAUAAUGAACAAAGGCUUUGCAGCUUAAUUCACUGGCUCGGUUUCUCCCUCAAGUAAUCUUCUGAACGAUUUCCCAUUCCAACAAUUACUCAUCUUGUAUAUCGAUGCCGCAGAUAAGUCCCAUUAAUCAUUUUUAAUGAAACAUGUGUAGCAGACAUUUUUGGGGGGAGGGCAAUCCUCCCCCUUUUUUAGAAUCAUACAAACUUUUUGUUAACUGAUUAAAGUAGUAAAAUAAAGCAAAAAUAAUCAUCAA